AUGAGCCAGGUCGUCGACGAGGCGACUCAGGUCGAGAUCGAAUUCGAAAAAAACACAAAAUAUUGUCGAUCUGCUAGAUAUACAGGAUAUGUUGAUAACUGGUAUGAUAGUAUAUUACGUGGUCCAUGGUUUAGUGAUUUUGACCUUGGGAUGGAAGAUUGUAAUGAUCCUAAAAAAUGGCAUUAUGAUAAAGAUUCAUAUGAUAAGCAAAAAAUAAUGGGUGGCAUAUUAUAG